GCGGCAGACCAGUUUUUUCGGUUUCAGCUUCGAUUGCGACUGACAAAAAAUUCGCUACAAGUUUUUAGUUUCCCAUCGCAGCUCAACAAAGAGACACACGUAAAAGUAAAAAAAAAAAAUACUUGAGAAAAAAAAACAUGAAGCAAUUUUUCAUAUUGGUCGUUUGUGCAUUGGGCGCCAGUCGCGCGGAUGUGUCGCAUCUUCAUUUGGCCACCACUCCAGAGCCGCAUGCGCCCGCCAGCCCGUAUGUGUUUAGCUACCAGGCGGGGCGUGCACCAGGUCAUGUGGAUAGACAGCAUACAGAGGUAUCCGAUGGCUCGGGCGUAAUACGCGGCGCCUUCUCCUACGUGGAUCCCAAGAAUCAAGUGCGCACCGUUCAAUACGUCGCCGAUGAGAAUGGCUUCCAUCCGCAGCUGAGUCACCAGCUGGAGGACAGUGCAGCCGUCAAGGCGGCCAAGGAAAGGCACUUCGCUGCUUAUAAUCGCAUUGCGCAAGAGCAUGCCAGCCACAUACCAGGCCAAGCGCCUGUGGCAGCUGCUCCCCGUGGCAGUGCCGCCGUCAUUCAUGCCACCCAAAAGCAUUUGAACGCAUUUGAGCGUAUCGCAGCGGAGCACGCAGCUAUCGGGGCCCAGCAGGAGGCGCAACGCUUAGCAUUGGCAGCCCAGUCGCAGUACAGUGAAAUCGACAAUGGACAAUAUCAUCCAUAAGUUGUGUAUUCAAAAAA